GUUUCUUUCAACGUCAAAUUAAAACGUGCAUUCCUUUCUUUUAGACGAUUUUCUGUUAGAUAAAUAUUAAUAGCCUAUCUAUAAAUCAAUACUGCGGUAAUGCAGUUCUCUUAAUUGUUGCUAGCGGCUAUUUUGUUCGGGAUUGGGGGUGAAAAUCUGGAGACCUGGGGGAAGCCCUUUGACAUCAGACAUGUUUUACAUGCUUGGACUUGAUAUGAAGUCUUUAUCUGAACUGAUGUUAGGCCUAUAUCUGUAAUGGGUUUCUCAUGAUUGGGUCGUUAGGGAAUUAUGGUCUGUGGAGAUUUAUCUGGCAAAUCAAAGGAAUUUCAACUGAUGAUACAGAACAAUGGCUGAAGGAGGUCAAAAUCCUGAUGAGAACUUUGAGGUGAUUGAUCUUUCCGAAAUCCGGAAUGCAGCCUGGUUGCGGAGAAUGGCAGGUGACAUUCAAAAAGCGUCGGCAGCAAAGCAGAUCACUUUUGGAGGUGUAGGAGGAUGGGCAACUGGCUACGUGUGUUCAAAAAUAGGGAAGGCUGCAGCCACAGCUAUCGGUGGAAGUUUAAUACUUCUUCAAAUAGCGCAUUAUAAAGGUUAUAUUAAGAUUGACUGGAACAAAGUGGAGAAGGAAUGGAAAUCGACAAAGACUCAAGUUAGACAAACUGCCGGUACAGACUGGGAAUAUUAUAUUGAGGAAACGCGAACAUUUGUGAAAAAGAAUAUGUUUCUAGCUGGUGGAUUUGCUGGAGGAUUCUUGAUAGGUCUGGCAUCAUAGUGACGAUGGAGAGGUGAUUCGCAUUGAGAUUCGUGUGCAUAACUACCAGGGAAUGGAACUAGUGUGUCAUGUAAAUGUCAGUGGAGAAAACAAUAAACUUGGGCUAGUUGCAAAGAAGACAAGUAAAAAGGUCAUGAAUGAUCCUGAGGAUUUAUCUAUGUUUACUUACAAGGUUGCAACUAAAGUUUCUUCGGACAGAAUGAGAUGGACUUGGAGAACUAUGGCAAGCCAAAGCGGAAUUUAUUCAAGACUUUAGAAUUACCAUUCAAGAAG